CAGGUGAAGCGACACGGUUUAAAGCUAAAGCUAGAGAUAUAGACGAGUUGCUUCUUUUAUUCAAUUUGUUUCUCAUCAGUCUAAGUGUAAAGCUGUAAAUUAUAAAGUCUUCCCACAAUGACCACAAAGAAAGGAUCCUACCAAGUGUGGCACACGGACACCUAUGGACUUCCUGGGUCAGUUGACAAACAAACAAGCUUUAGUCAAGACUCUGGCCACAUAGGUGACAAUGACUCAAGGGCGGAGCUUGCAGAAGACUUUGGAGGGACGGAAGAAGAGAGAGAACAAUGGGGCAACAAAGCGGAGUUCAUCCUGUCGUGUAUCGGGCUUUCUGUGGGAUUGGGCAAUGUCUGGAGAUUUCCUUACCUUGCCUAUGCCAAUGGCGGAGCGGCUUUCCUGAUCGCUUACAUCAUACUUCAGCUCUUGAUUGGUAAACCAAUGUAUUUCAUGGAACUGGUCAUGGGUCAGUACUCUGGGAGUGGACCAACUAAAGUCUGGAGAAUGAAUCCUGCCGCUAAAGGCAUAGGCGUCUCCAUGUGUAUGAUCUCCCUCAUCGUCUCCAUCUACUACAACAUCAUCAUGGCCUACACCCUCUAUUACUUCUUCGCCUCCAUGCAGGAAACACUGCCGUGGACUCAAUGUUCAGAGGAGUGGAUCCGAGAUUAUAACUGUGUGUCCAAAUAUGAGCCCAGCCCUGCUCCAUGUACACUCAACAUGACACAGAACCAGGAAUUAGGCAAGUGUUCAUGUACAGGUAACUCGACCAUAGACAACAGUUCUCUCCCUUUCAACAUGAGCUGUACACCAAAAAUAGUAGGAACAUCUUCGGCGGAACUUUACUUCUAUAAAGAGGUUAUACAGAUAUCCUCAGAUAUGGAGCCAAGCAGCAUGGGGGCUCCUCUGUAUAGGAUAGUGCUGUGUCUAAUCCUGUCUUGGACCAUUGUCGUCUUCUGUCUUAUCAAAGGCAUCAAGAGCUCGGGAAAGGUUGUCUAUUUCACCGCCACAUUUCCUUACGUCAUCCUUUUGAUUUUACUGGUGCGCGGAAGUCUUCUGGACGGGGCCAAGGAAGGUGUGGAGUUUUUCAUCAUACCUGAAUGGAAGAAACUGGCCGACCUGCAGGUUUGGGUGGCAGCAGCUGGUCAGAUGUUCUUUUCUUUGGGAGUGUCGUUCGGAGGCAUCAUCAUGUUUGGUAGCUACAACAAGUUUACAAACAAGGUUUAUAGUGACUCUCUGCUCAUCAGCCUGACAGAUAUGAUCACUAGCAUCAUUGCUGGCUUCGUCGUCUUCACAGCAUUUGGCGGCAUGGCCAAAGCCACAGGCAGGAAGGUUUCCGAAGUUGCCAAAAGUGGCUAUGGUAUGGCCUUUGUCGUGUACCCGGAAGCUUUGUCCAAUCUCCCCCCUUCACAGCUGUGGUCAGUUCUUUUCUUUUUUAUGCUGUUUACUCUGGGACUGGACUCGGAGUUUGGCAUGCUGGAGACAGUCAUCACAUGUAUACAAGAUGAGUUCCCAAAGCUGAAAAAAUAUAAAACUUACAUUUGCAUAGGUCUGAGCUGUGCUUGUUUCUUGAUGGCUCUACCUUGUACAUGUCCGGGAGGAGACUACGUGGUGACCAUCAUGGAUCAUUAUGGAUCUGACUUUGCCUUGCUGAUUGUGUCUUGCUUUGAAGUCAUAUCAGUCAUGUGGGUGUAUGGAGCCAUGAGGUUUCUAAAAGAUAUUCAGUACAUGCUCGGGUCCCGGCCUCAUGGGUGGCCUUACUGGGUCUUCUGUUGGACAGUAACGGCGCCUCUUCUUAUCGGGCUGAUGUUCCUGUACCGUAUGGUCCAAUACAAGCCGCCCUCCUACAGCGACGGUACGCCCUACCCUCACUUUGCACAGAGUAUAGGAUGGACAUUGCUGAGUUUGGUGCUGUGUCCUAUACCGUUAGGACUCAUUUGGAGACUGAUCCAGUCUUUCAGUGACCCUUCAGUCACAACAUUUAAAAGUAGACUUCACUUUCUGUUUUCACCGUCCCCUGACUGGGGGCCGAAUGACAAGUCUGCUAGAAAGAUUCGAAACGAAGCCAAAAACUCGGACGAUCUUUCAAUGGAAAAAUUAUCCUACGACAACGCAACCGUCAUACGAGAUAGUCCAGAGAAGAUCGUCUAGUCCUAAAAACAUGAAAGUUAUCAAGGGGAAAACAACCCCGAUAUUUUCAAUGUAAACUUCAUUAGUCUCAGUUAGAUGAAAAUUGUAUGCAUGUCUUAGUUGAUCGAAUUAUUCUGUUGUGUUCUAUGCAAAUAUUAUAAUUGCCAACUAUGAAUAUAAAUACAAAGUGUUGUCUUGGAGUCUGAAGAUUAAGGAGGUUUGCAGUAUGUCACGUGACUAUGCAGUCCUAGCUGUGAUCUGAAUAUUUUGCUACUUCCAGAGAAGAUAUGACUGUUGUCUGCCGGUGGUCACUUUUAGUUCUCUUUUCUCUGUAUACGCCUGUCCUCGGCAGUAGACUGACUUCUUGUCUUCAAAAUGUAGUCUGCUGCCUUAGUAACAGAUCUCCAGUUUUUAUAUAAUACUUAAAUAUAGGCUCUUAUCUUCUGAUGAAAACAUAUAUUAUUUGUAGAAAAAAUAUACAACUUUAAGUAGACUUUUUUUCCCCCAUUGUUUCCAAAUGGAAUCGAUGCUUAUCUUCGC